AUGUCACCAUCACUUGACCAUUGCUCUUCAAUUCUUAUCAUUGGCGCUGGUACUUGGGGAUGUUCAACUGCUCUCCAUUUAGCUCGCCGUGGAUACAAGAAUGUCAAGGUGCUGGACCCUUACUCAGUACCUUCGCCCAUUGCGGCCGGUAAUGAUGUAAACAAAAUUAUGGAGCACAAGGAAUUGAGGAAUAAGAAUCCUGACCCGAUCAGUGUCGCCUUUGCGACUUGCACCCGAGCAGCAUUACAGGGCUGGCAGACGGAUCUAGUUUUCCAGCCAUAUUUUCAUGAGACCGGCUUCAUCGUCUCAGGCCAUACCCCUGCUCUGAUUCAGCAUAUCAAAGAGGACGAAAUUGAUUCUUCUAAUGCUCAGUACACUCUACUUGAGACUGCCGACGACUUUCGUCGUACCAUGCCACCGGGUGUCCUCACAGGAGAGUUUCCAGGCUGGAAAGGGUGGUUUAGCAAGGAAGGAGCUGGCUGGAUUCAUGCACGCAAAGCAAUGGUUUCUGCCUAUACAGAGGCUAAGAGACUGGGUGUCAAUUUUAUCACAGGAACACCUGGCAAAGUUGUGACUUUGAGUUAUGAGAAUGGCGAUGUUAUUGGUGCACAGACGGAGGAUGGCAUAUCCCAUAAGGCAGAUCAUACAAUUCUUGCCGCCGGGGCUGGAAGUGAUCGUCUGCUAGAUUUCAAGAAGCAAUUACGUCCAACUGCUUGGACAUUGUCCCAUAUCAAGAUGACGCCAGAGGAGGCGGACAAUUACAGAAACCUUCCGGUCCUGUUCAACAUCGCGAAAGGAUUUUUUAUGGAGCCAGAUGAGGACAAACAUGAACUAAAGAUUUGCGAUGAGCAUCCUGGGUAUUGCAAUUUUGUUCAAGAACCCACGUAUUUUGGAGGGGAAGUACGAAGUGUGCCGUUUGCUAAGCACCAAAUUCCCCUUGAGGCUGAGGCUCGAGCGAGAGACUUCUUAAGAGAUACAAUGCCGCAUCUUGCUGAUCGACCUUUUGCCUUCGCGCGCAUUUGUUGGGAUGCAGACACUAUGGAUCGUGCCUUCUUGAUUGAUCGCCAUCCUGAUCAUCCUUCUCUGCUCGUUGCUGUGGGAGGAUCUGGUAAUGGAGCAAUGCAGAUGCCUACUAUUGGUGGAUUUAUUUCGGAUGCGUUGGAAGGAAAACUACAAAAGGAACUGAAAGACGUAGUAAGGUGGAGACCUGAGAUAGCAGUUGAUCGGGAUUGGCAUUCUACGCAGAAUCGGUUUGGAGGGCCAAACGAAAUUAUGGACUUUCAAAAUGUGAAAGAUGAUGGGUGGACUCAGAUAGAAUAA